AUGUCAAGGUCUGGAGAGUGGUUUCCAGAAGGCAGCGGUGCAGUUUUAACCCCUGAGACAAUCCUGGUUGAAGAGUCUUUAGAAAUCUGUGGACGUCUGACAGACUCUGAGGCCGAGAGCCAGGAGGAGACUGGUGACCAGGUCACCACCUCUGAGCCAUGCGAGAGCGGUGCCAGUGCCUUCAGAGAGCACACUGAGCACCACGACGCCCUGGCCAGCAUGUUCAUGGAGCUCCUGGCAGAUGAAAACAGCAUGCAAGGCAGUAAAGACCCAGACAUCGUCAUAGGUGAGAAUAAAACCUGUGAGAAACUGGAGUCGGAAAAUCCAUCACAGCGAAACCCAAAAGAAAGUGCAGCCCUGAGUUGGCAUCCACGUGAUAUUUCUGAUACAGUCUCCCUUUUCACCAAAGCCUCUCAAGAUGACUACAACUGUAGUACAGCCAGCAAGAAGUCAGAACAGUCAGAAGAGUCCUUUGAAUCUGGCUACCAGAGCUCCAGCAUCAAUUCUGUUUCUCUGGAUGCAAGAGAUCUUCAACACAUGGUUCAUCAAAGCCUUUUCUCGUGCAGUUCUGAAAGUCAGCAUGAUUCGUGUAUCCUGAUCCAGGAAUCUCCAAAUAAGCCAUCCUCUGGGACCAAAGAAGACAGGAUAAGCAACCCUGCAUACAGGAGUUUUGAUACCCUUGUAUCUCCAUCCAUGGAGUCCUGUUGUUCUCCCUACAAGAGCUGUGACACCCUGACAUCUCCAUCCACGGAGUCCUGUUGUUCUCCCUACAAGAGCUGUGACACCCUGACAUCUCCAUUCAUGGAGUCUGGUGGUUCUCCCUACAAGAGCUGUGACACCCUGACAUCUCCAUUCACGGAACCCUGCAGCUCUGCCUACAGGAGCUUUGAUGUUCUUGUGUCUGCGUUCAAGGAACCGAGUAUCUCUGCGUAUAAGAGCUUUGAUGCCCUCCUGUCUCAGUCCGUGGCUAGCAGUAGCCUGCCUCUGUGUUUUGAAAAUGCGUCCCCCUCGCCACUUUUGAUGCAGUUUUCGGAGAGAGCGGCAAAUUACAGUGCUUCAGCUUUCCUGCCAGAGGAAGAAAUGCAUAAGCAAGUAAUGUAUCAAAAUGUUCAAAAGAAAGGCAAUGUAAUUUCUUGCCCUGUAGGGCCUCAACCGUCUGGUUAUCGACCUUUUGAUAAUGCAGUUAAGUGUGGUGGUAUGUACUGUGAGAAUGACAGUGAGCUUGUCUCUAGGUCCCUACAUGAACCCUUCGUUCAUCUUCAGUACCACAACAUGAAAGAAACACCUCCGGGCACCAUCCACGACCCUGGCCAGAGGACAGAUGACCACACGUGUUUGAUGGCACAGGGUUUUGACUGCAGCGUUGUCCCAGGUUUGGCCUCUAGCGCGAGCGUCACACAGACCAGUGAUGGCAGCCUUGGGAUCAUUGGCUCUAAUGAGCUGUCUAGUGACAGCAAAGAUGAAAAUACCAGCAGAGAUGAGCAGCUGUUGCAUUUGUUAGAGCUGAACUGUCAAGAUUUUGACAGCAGAGAAAGAACUCUAAGGGGGACAGCACCCAACAGCUUUAACCACACUGGUGAAGGAAUGCAGGAGAGCAGCAGUACCAGACCAAAUACUGACUUGCAGUGUCACAUGCACAGCCACUUGAGCAAACCUGGAAAUGCAGAGGUGGUUACGUGCGUGGCGGGCGGCUCGCCAGAGGGAUCACGGGACAGCACAGGGGGAAACCUGGCGAGGAAAACGGCAGAGCCCCCGGAGCUGCAAGUCUCAGACCGGUUGUCACCUCCUCGCUCUGUGGACACCUCCUGUCCAUCUGGUGCGCACACUGUUCACAGCGAGGGUUCCAGACGGGCACCUGCAGUUGAAAAAAGACCGGUAAAACUAUUGAGGGCAAACAACAGGAAGAACGAGAAAAAAAUUAAACUUGUGCAAGCCCUCGCACAGGAGGACAACUGCUACAUGAAGGUAGCCUAG